UGUGGAGAGACGUCACUCGACCAGUGAAAGUAGUCGCCGUGUGGGUCGCUUUGUCACUUGUCUAGCGCGGGUUGGCAACAAACCGUACAGGACGCGGAGAGCUGUUCACUUUCUAACAAACAGAAGUAACAAGACGUGACGACUGAAAGUAGUGGAGACACACACACAAGACCUGACGACUGAAAGUACUGGAAACACACACACACACACAAGACGAAUAUACCUUCUGCUCAACAAGGUGUGUGAGUGCGAGAAAAACACAGUGUAUCGCGGAUUUGUAGCACAUCACUGAUAUGGCGUACACUUGGACCAUUUCCCAGUAGGCCACGCAGCCAUCACUAAGUCAACUUAUUCUGAUAACAUUUUGGAUAAACUUCCGAAUAAAGGAAAAACACUUGUCUGUAUGUGCAGGUCAAAAGUAGAAUAAUACAAAAGUGCGCUUUUACGUGAACGUUCAUCAUCGAAGUGAUAAUUAAAAAGAAACUGAUGUCCCGUAAACAUUGGCGAACACCUUGACACUGGAAACUAACACGUGUAAUAGAAUUAGGAAUUCAGGAAUUUUCUCUAUCCUAAUAAAACAUGCAAUCGAAAAGGAAACAAAGAAAACAUGAUUUCCUGUUAACAUUCGUUAUAACACGUGGAAUUACAAAUAAACUGUGACAGUGUGAGUACUUGACGUUCAUUACAACACGUAGAAUCACCAAUAACCUGUGACAGUGUGAGUACUUGACGUUCAUUACAACACGUGGAAUCACCAUUAAAAUGUGACAGUGUGAGUACUUGACGUCCAUUACAACACGUGGCAUCACCAAUAAACUGUGACAGUGUACUUGACGUUCAUUACAACACCUGGAAUUACCAAUAAUCUGUGACAGUGUGAGUACUUGACGUUCAUUACAACACGUGGAAUCACCAAUAAACUGUGACAGUGUGAGUACUUGACGUCCAUUACAACACGUGGAAUCACCAAUAAACUGUGACAGUGUACUUGACGUUCAUUACAACACGUGGAAUUACAAAUAAUCUGUGACAGUGUGAGUACUUGACGUUCAUUAUAACACGUGGAAUCACGAAUAAACUGUGACAGUGUGAAUACUUCGACGUUCAUUAUAACACGUGGAAUCACGAAUAAACUGUGACAGUGUGAGUACUUGACGUUCAUUACAACACGUGGAAUUACCAAUAAACUGUGACAGUGAGAGUACUUGACGUUCAUUACAACACGUGGAAUUACAGAUAAACUGUGACAGUGCGAGUACUUGACUUUCAUUACAACACGUGGAAUUACAGAUAAAUUGUGACAGUGUGAGUAUUUGACGUUCAUUACAACACAUGGAAUUACAUAUAAACUGUGACAGUGUGAGUACUUGACGUUCAUUACAACACGUGGAAUUACAGAUAAACAGCGCUGAAUUGUCCAAUUUAACAGUGUUCACAGUUGUCCAAUUUAACAGUGUUGAUAGUUGUCCAAUUUAACAGUGUUGAUAAUUGUCCAAUUUAACUGUUGAUAGUUGUCUAAUUUAACAGUAUUGAUAGUUGUCCAAAGUAACAGUGUUGACAGUUGUCCAAUUUAACAGUGUUGACAGUUGUCCAAUUUAACAGUGUUGAUAGUUGUCCAAUUUGACUGUUAAUAGUUGUCCAAUUUAACAGCUGAUAGUUGUCCAGUUUAACUGUUGAUAGUUGUCAGUCUUUGUGAAGGACAUGAGGCCUGGAUCUAUCCGAGCUGUAUUGAGUGGCCCGCCGCUCACACUCAGUGACGUCAUUAGAGGUGGCUACUUUAGUCACGUUACAAAACUCAUUCAAAUGGGCAUAGAUGUAAAUGGAAGAGACGCGGAAGGGAAAACUCCCAUCAUGCUUUGUGCUCUGAUUAACGACGAAGCCUGGGGUGUGGGGAUAGCACGGACACUUGUAGAAAAAGGAGCACAAUUAAACAUCACUGAUAAGUUUGGCCUCAGCGCUAUUCAUCUAGCUGUCAUAUAUGAACGUGAAAAUCUAAUUAACAUAUUCCUCAACGCAGCUGAUUUCGACCCUAACUUGGUGGAUAAACUGGGGAAUACAGCGCUCCACUAUGCUGCAAUGUCCGGGAACAGGGACAUGACGCGAGUGCUCGUUCAAUACUGGAACAAGUACAGUCUAGAUGGCGGUAUACGCAAUAGACGAGGCAGGACGGCCUCUGAUGAGGCGUACGCCGCCUCACACUAUGCGUGUGUAUCACAACUGAACAACCUGACGACGACACCUUGCCGUAUGAAGUCGGCCCCUAACAAACGCCCGGAAACAUCGUUACCACGGAGACUCGGUUCCUCAUGUUCGUCGUACACGGUUUCCUCGGAGGUAUCAGACCAAUCUGUCUUUACCGACAUGCCUCGAUCGUCAAGACACAGCACACUCCAUAGUGCGAUUUACCCAGAGAGGCCUCGAUCGUCAAGACACAGCACACUCCAUAGUGCGAUUUACCCAGAGAGGCCUCGAUCGUCAAGACACAGCACACUCCAUAGUGUGAUCUACCCAGAGAGGCCUCGAUCGUCUAGACACAGCACACUCCAUAGUGUGAUCUACCCAGAGAGGCCUCGUUCAUCAAGACAAUGUUUGCUGCCAAAUGAGAAAAACAGAGAACAAGUUAUUCAUUCAGCAAAUCAGUCAGACUUUCGUAACAAAAAAGAAUACAUAUUUAAACUAACUGCAAUUCCAUAUGAUGAAAACGAUCUUUGUGAGAAAAGCGUGCGAAACGUUCGAGCUGCGUUGUGUGCGCACCCAGUGUUGCGAUGCGCCGAGCCGGUGACGUGGAGAUGCGAGUUUCAGCGCCUCUUCCACGAGUACGAGUUUCAGUGCAGCCCGUCGUAUCGUGACGCGGCCAAGAGCGCUACUGACCACAUGCUAGUGGCGCCAGUCGAGGAAGAGGAAGCAGACGACAAGGAGAAGAAGCGGCUGUGCAGACGAACCAGUUUGAUGUCGCGCUCCAGCACAUUCAGCGAACAGAGAGAAAAACGCAAACCUGGCUCCACCAUCAAACAGCGCAAAGUGUCCGUACUGCCUCCUCCGUUACACGCCAGAUCUAUCGAAGUAACGGACGCAAAGACGUCCUCGUCGGAAUCCUCCAGCAACAGUCAGUCCUGGAAGAAAAAAGAAGCGAUUCUUUGUAAAGAUGUAUCCAGGAUUCAGAUCCACACAACAGAUGUAGCCGCAGACCAGCAAACCAGGGCAGAUAACUCUUCGAUUCCCGCCGUCACGGAGACUCUGGUUACUGAUGACGAUCGUCAGGAAACAUCAACCAUCGAAACCGAAUGUGACGUCGACACUAGCCGACUCUCUGUGCUAAACCAGACGGACAACUGACUUAAACAGUUAUGGAGUAUGAACUUAUUGAAACCAAACAUUCGCAAGUUACAAGGAACUAUUCAAUUUAAACAUUCACUUGAGUAGUUAAGGAGUAUCAACGUUGAACAAAGUUGAUGGUAAUAGACAUGUUAUUGUUUAUAUAAACUAACAUUUCUU